ACAUCAAUUUGUCCAAUCCGAGAGAGGUACACAGUGUGAAUGAAAGCGGAAGCACAGAAUAUACAAAUCGCAGCGGACUGCCAAUCAAAGUUGACCUUCACAGACGGAGCCUCUUUAAUUAAAACUCCAGUGCAGAAGUGGAAAAAAUCACACAAGAAAAGACAAAGAGGCUCCCCAGCUAUCCAAUUAAAGCUUUGUAGUCACGGGAUCAUUAUACAGACCAGCCAACGAGAGACAGAGAUCAGGAAUGGGAGGGUCAAGCUCCAGUGAACAGGUGGCAGAGACUGAGACCCCGUCAUUCUUCACACAGGAAGAACUGAGCAAACUAAAGUCUGAUUUUGAAAUAGGUGGGCUGGAAAAAGUUAAACCACCGAUUAAGAAGAAAGCAACUGAUCUGGAUAAAACAGAGCUGAACAUUGCAGUGACGGGUGAAUCAGGUGCAGGAAAAUCCACCUUCAUCAAUGCCAUGAGAGGACUUCAGAGCGAUGAUCCGGGAGCAGCUGAAGUUGGGAACACAGAAACAACAAAGGAGCCAGCCGGGUACUCACAUCCCACUCUGCCCAAUGUUCGCUAUUGGGAUCUGCCAGGGAUGGGAACUAAACAAUUUCCAGCGGCUAAAUAUUUCACAGAAAUGAAAUUCGAAAGAUUCGAUUUCUUUAUCAUAAUCUCCGCUGUUCGAUUCAGAGAAAAUGAUGUAAAACUUGCCAAAGAGAUUAAACAGCUUGGGAAACAGUUCUAUUUUGUCCGCUCUAAGAUUGAUGCUGAUCUUUAUUCCAUGAGGAAACAGAAGAAGGUUGUUAAUGAAGAAGAUGAGCUGGAAAAGAUUCGGAAUGACACUGUCGGGAAGUUGGCAGAGGCAGGGUUUCCAAAUCCAGCUGUGUUCCUGAUAUCCAGUUUAGAGCCGGAUCAAUUUGAUUUCAUUCAGUUAAAUGAAGGACUCGAAGGUGAUCUAAAUAAUGUAAAGAAAAGGAUCUUUGUCCUGGCCCUUCCAAAUCUCAGUGUGGAGAUAGUGCAGAGGAAAUCUAAGAUUCUGAGUAAAGAUAUCUGGAUGUUUGCAGCACUCUCUGGGGGAUUGGGAGAGGUCCCAGUUCCCGGCUUCUCUCUCGCUUGUGAUAUCGGAAUAUUGAUUGAAGCCAUUGUCCAGUUUCGGAAAUGCCUGGGUCUGGAUGAUGCUUCUCUUCGAAGACUGGCUAAGAGAGCAGGAAAACCUGUGGAAGAGCUGAAGGCAACAGUGAAAUCUCCAUUGCUGGGGGAUAUAACCCCAAAUGUAAUUGUGAGGUUAGGUUGGGGGAAUGCUGUUUUUAAUGUUUCAGCCCUGGAAUUUGUGCCUGUCAUUGACUCCAUUUUUGGAGCAGGCCCAUCAUUUCUCAUGACGUACAAGAUACUGAGUGCUGCGCUGAAGGAUCUUACGGAGAAUGCAGAGAGAGUGGUGAAAGUUGCCUUUGAAACUGAUUAACUGGUCUGUAAAGGUAUCGACCCAGUGAAUUUGUAUCACCGUGCUUAAUAAUCUGAUGACGUCACAUCAAGCACCAAAUCCUGCUGUAAUUCUGCACAAUAAUGUUCACUUCUACUGCAUGCACUCCUGGAAAUAUUUCUUAUUCAAUACUAGGAGGUGGAGGGUUUGGGGAAAGAGUUCCAAUCUGUAGCUUUGUGAAAAACCAGUGCAAGAAUAACAAAGUGCUGUUCCAUGAAUUAAACUUUAAAAUUAAACUAUAUCUGCCUUCAGAGGUGUGCAUAAAGGAUGUACCCAAUAAAUGUUGGCCUAUACAUGGCACUGCUGGGUGGGCUACGAGGAAAUAAUCAGAAUCACCUUACAUUAUUCAGCCAAUUACUUGUUUAAAAAUAGAACUACACAGGCCAGAUGAUAGCUGAUAAUUGAGUGCAGUUUAUAGAUGUCUGUACCAAUUGAGAUGUUGUAAAUCAUUGGUUGAAAUAUCAAGUGCCACCCCAACCAACUGUAUUAACCUCUGAACUUAACUAUCGAGAAGACUUUCACUGCCUGUGUUAAGCACUUAUCAACUGGUUCAGUUUCACUUGCCUUCAAGAGAACCUCCAAAUAAUUAAAACAAAUAUCGUUUAAAAAAUUGGCACAAGGCUUUUGUCAAGAUCCAGGAUCAAUGAAGGGCUUGCAUAUUUAGAUCUCAUUUAAAAUAGUCAAACAUUUGUCUAAUUCUCCCUUCUGCAGGUUCUGUGAGUUUCGUAUGAACACUUCUGGUUGGCAUAUAUUACUGAUACAGCACAGCAAGUCAGAGUUAUUCUAAAUUAUUUAUUAGUACAUUAAUACAUCACAAUGAAUAAUUAAAAAUAUUGCAAGAUGAUAGAAUAAAUUGCAUAAUAUUGAAAUAACAUAACAUAAAACUUUCCACCUUUAUUGUAACUGUAAAUUAAACUCAAGCAGUAUUCUCUUCAACUGAGCUUAACUAAUCCUUUAUGAUCACUUGGAGGAAACGGCUGUGGAUGAUACCAGUGCUGUGUCACAUCCAAUAUCUCAAAUUAUUCCAAACCAUUUCAAAAAUGAAACUUACUCUAGUGACUUUAUUGAAAAUGCACCAUUUAUAAUUGUGCAAAUUACAUUCAGUCUUUUGCACUGCAAGUCCAAUAUUAGUAAGUUUAAUUAUAUUGCAUCACCAUAUUAUGCUUUUUUUUGUCAGUCAAAAACUGAGGACUGAAAAGAUCUUGCCCUAGUAACCACUUACUUGUCAUGUCUGUUCUGUGGCUGUCCUCCCAUAGAAACUCCAUGGUAAAGAGAUGAACAAGUUGUUUGCUUCUAGCUGAGCUAUUCAUUUCAUGGAUUCCCUUGCCCACCUGGUGUACAAUAAAAGAAAAUGCUCUCUUUGCUCAGAAACUGAAAUGAAAGCCAGGUGAGGGAGAUGCUCACCAAAUCAGGCAGCCACUACAGUGCGAAGGAAAUUUCAAGAUCCAAGGCAAUUCUCUUCAUUUGAAACGGCAUCAGAAGUUUCUCAAACAUUCCAAUGAUUCCUCCUUAUAUAGCAGAUGGACACAGAAAUCAACUUCAGUGCUGCAGAGUGUGAAUUAAUGUUAUCUUUGGCUAUAAUCACCAAAAGAUAAGAAAAUAUUGUUGAAUCAAUGUAGAAUAGAGAGUAAAAUAUUGAAAAGUCUUAAGUAAACUGAACUACUUCAUUUCUU